AUGGUUCGCAAAGAUCCUAUUUUCGAAGCUCGCACAAAUGUUAAGCUGCACUCCAACCGACUCAAGAAAGAGGCCGUCCGGGCGGAGGCCACUUACAAAUCCGAAAAAGCCAAAGCCGACAAGGCGAUGAAAAACCGCGAGUUCCAGAUUGCCCGCAUCCACGCCGGCUCGGCCGUUCGCGAGAAGCGACGACAAGUAACCCUCAAAUCCGAAGCCGCACGGGCAGACGUGAUCAUCAACGAACUCAAGGCCGCCCAAAGCACCCGCGAUACAUCUCGGACACUUGCGAUGGCAUCGCGCGGCCUGGAUGCUGCCUCGCGCAGCGUCAACCUCGAGCACCUCGUCUCCCACGCUAACAACUUCCUCGCCCGUUCUGAGGACUUUAAAAUUGCUAGCAGUGCGAUCGAGGAUGUUGCGCAGGGCGUGUCGAUGCAGGAAUACGGUGCGGAAGGUGAGGCCGAUGUUGAUCGGCUUAUGGAACAGUUGGCGGAUGAUGCAGGUGUUGAUAUGCGCUUGAACCUCGAGGCGGAUGCUGCGCCGAAGGAAGAUGUCAAAGAGCCCAAGCAAGCGGAUGCUGAGGUCGAGGAUGGACUGGGUGCGAGACUACGAGCCUUACGGGCAGCUAAUUAG